ACUAUUUGGACCUCCAGAAUCUGAAUCUACAUUAACGUUUCAAAAGACUGAAGAAAGAAAUUAAGAGACAGUUCUUCUGUAAAGCUGACGUUUUCUUUCUUUCUUCAGUACUACGCCCUAGAUUCAUAACCGAAUAUGAUGCCGAAUCAACCCUAAUUCAAUCUCAGAAUCUUAAAUUUUCGUUGAUCUUCAAUGGCAACAUCAAUUGUUUAUCAUUAUGUUUUUCUUUUAUUAUUAUUUGUAUUUUGUUUAGAGGUGUCUUCAUCUACGGUUGGAUCUCGAUCGAUUCUUAGAGUUAUUAGUGAUGAUACUGAUCUUCCUGAUGCUGCUGUUGAUUUGAAUACAACAAAUUUUGAUUCGGUUCUUAAAGACACUCCAGCUUCCUUUGCUAUUGUUGAAUUCUUUGCUCAUUGGUGUCCUGCUUGCCGGAAUUAUAAGCCUCAAUAUGAAAGGGUUGCAAGGCUUUUCAAUGGCCGUGAAGCAGUGCAUCCUGGGAGUUUACUCAUGGCAAGAGUUGACUGUGCUGAAAAGAUAAAUACAAAGCUAUGUGAUUCAUUUUCAGUAACAUAUUAUCCUAUGCUUCUGUGGGGACCUCCUUCUAAGUUUGUUUCUGUUAGUAAGUGGGAUCCAAAAGAGAAAAGUGAUAUAAUUGCCAUUGAUGAUGGACGGACAGCUGAUCGCUUGCUUAAUUGGAUAAACAAGCGUAUGGCCAGCUCAUACAACUUGGAUGAUGAAAAGUUUGAGAAUGAGCAUCUCACAAUAAAUGUGUCGGACCAUAGACAGAUUGUUCGCGCUGUUUACGAUGUCGAGGAAGCAACCUCAAGUGCAUUUGACAUCAUUUUGGAGCACAAGAUGGUCAACUCAUUGACUCGACCUUCACUUAAAGGGUUUCUUCAACUUUUGGUGGCUCAUCACCCUUCUAGGAGGUGCCGAAAGGGAAGCGCUGAUAUACUUGUGAACUUCGACGAAUUUUGGCCUUCAGACCUGUCUUCCAGUAAUAAACAACAGCCCAAUGUUUCUCAUGGUAUGGAUGCAGUCCAGGGACUUCAAGUAUGUGGAAAAGAAGUUCCUCGUGGAUAUUGGAUAUUUUGUCGAGGCAGCAAGAAUGAAACUAGGGGAUUUAGCUGUGGCUUAUGGGUUCUGUUGCACUCGCUCUCUGUGAGAAUUGAAGUCGGGGAGAGCGAUUUUGCGUUUAAAACUACAUGUGAAUUCAUUCAUGACUUUUUUAUUUGUCAGGAGUGCCGCCAGCACUUCUAUGAUAUGUGUUCAAGGGUGUCUAGCCCUUUCAAGAAAGCAACUGACUUUGCAUUGUGGUUGUGGACUGCACAUAAUCAAGUAAACGAGAGGCUAAUCAAAGAAGAAGCAACCCAUAAAACUGGUGACCCAAAGUUCCCGAAGAUGAUAUGGCCUCCGAAACAGCUUUGUCCUUCUUGUUAUCUCUCCCAACCAAGCAGGGGAAAGAAUGAUACGGUUGAUUGGAACAAGGAUGAAGUGUACAAGUUUUUGGUUAAUUAUUAUGGGAAAAUGCUUGUAUCUUUGAACAAGGACAGUUCAUUGGAAGAAGAUAGACGUGCUUCGUCAAUGGCUGAUGAAAUGGUUGCGUCAACAAAUGUAGUUGCAGUGCCCUUAGGAGCCGCAUUGGGUAUAGCUCUGGCCAGCUGUGCAUUUGGAGCACUUGCUUGCUUUUGGAGGUCUCAACAGAAGAAUCGAAAGUACUUCCAUGGACACUCUUUAAAAAGAAUAUGAUUAUUACAGGGGCAGAGGAGGAGCAGAAGCGGAGAUGUCACUCGGGAAAAGUAGAAUAUGAGCUAAGAAAUUGAAACAUAAUAGGGAAGGUACAAAAGUAGAAGGGAUUCUUAUGAGAAACGUCACUCAGCCAAAAGCAGGAAGAUGGCCAAAGUAAACUUGCUUUCAAGGCCUAAACAUGUAAUGUGGCUGGUAACAGAAUCAAUGUCUGUAAGAACUAAAUUUUGCUUGUGAUUUGUCAAAAAGGUCAUACAAAUUACGAUCAAAGCAAAAAUGAAAACAUCAUGGUUAACCAUCUCAACUUUUAUUGGUAGGAUGGAUAUUUACACGUAUUCACGAUCAAAUUUAUUCGUAGGAUGUGUUCAAAUACAAUGACAAUAAAAGCAACCGUGUAAGGAAAAAUGCACGAUGAUGAGCUUCAUGUGGGUGCUUAGCUAUAUGUUAUCUACAGGCCAAACAUGUUCUAAAGGCUGUUCUGUUCUCCA